AUGUAUAAACCUAAAAAUUCUUUAUUAAGUCUAGGUAGUAGUUUAUAUGCAGGACUUUUUGGAUUAAUAGGUUUAUAAUUGGCUGGAUUAAUAACUUAAUUGGCUAUUGGACCUAAUUUAUUCACUUUUAUGUGCCAUAGAGCAGAUUGCUUUAUUGGAAUAGGUAUAUUUACAGCUUUUAUAGCUUAUGAUACUCAUGUUGCUAUGAUGGCUUAUGAAAAUGGAAAUGCAGAUCAUUUAGGAACUUCUAUAUCUUUUGCUUUAGAUUUCUGGAAUGUUCUUGUUAGAGUAGCAGAAAUGAUUGGUAUUUUUACUAGAGAUUGA